AUGCAUUUUGGAAAUAUUAUCCCCGCAUCGAUCCUGAUUAACCAAUAUACGGAGCACUUUGUGUCCCCGAUCCACGCGGACCAAAACAACCUCUUGAAGCAUUUGGGUGGAAUGGGUCCUUACGUGAAGGGAACUGGGUUCGGACUAUGUCCGGAACUUGAAUGGAAUGCCAAACCAGAAAAAGUAUUUAUUUUUGCUCGACACGGUGAACGUUACCCCACAGAACCCGUGGCAAAACGAUUGAAGGCAGUUUUCGAUAAGCUCAAAAAUGCCGACGUUAAGAAACAAGAGGGCCCUUUGAGCUUCAUCAAGGACUGGGAAUUUUUCAUCCCCGGACCUGACUGGUGUGGUAUGGAAACCCUUUACGGCGAUUUCAAUGGAUUCCAAACUAUGUUUGAUUUUGGAAAAAGCAUACAACUCAAGUACGGUUAUUUAUAUAAAGAUUGUGACGAAAAACUACCCAUAUUCACUGCCGGAAAGAGAAGAUGCGUUGACUCCGCAGAAGAGUUUGGCAAGGGGUUUUUUAACGACAAUGAUGAGAAAUACAAUGCUCAAGCAAAAGUGAUUGUUUUGGACGAAACAAAACGUAUGGGUGCAGACACGUUGACCACGUCUGUCAGCUGCAAAAAGUAUAUAAGACAUGGCGAGUACUACAAACAUCCAUUUAUUGGGAAAUACAUGAUAUCUGAGGCAAAAAGGUUGAAUACUUUGAGUCCGGGUUUUAACAUAACGGCAAAAGAUGUCUAUGCAUUGGCCGUCUUUUGUGCCUACGAGUUGGAUGCUGUAGGAGAAAGUAGAGUAUGCGAUGCUCUUUCACUCAACACUUUCGUCGAGUUGGAAUAUUUCAGAGAUUCCGAAAUGUGGUACGAGAAGGCCGCACACCCUUAUUCUUUUGCCUUGGGUUCUGUUUACGUCGAUGCUAUGAUUAAACUUUUUGAAGAGCAAGAAACAAAGGAGAACUUAUUUUUCAGUUUUACGCACGAUACCGAACUGCUACAUUUUAUGAAUGCGUUGGGAAUUUUUGAGUACCAGAAGGAAGAUUUGAGCACAAGAAACAUUGACUUCCUAAGAUUUUUUAAGACUUCUGAGCUAGUACCGAUGGGUGCAAGGAUUGUCAUUGAAAGAUACACUAUAAAUAAAGAACACUACAUUAGGGUUCUAAUCAACGAUGCAGUAAUCCCCAUCCCCGAAUGUCAAAACGGUCCUUUCUUUACAUGCAAGCUAACCAAAUUGAAUCACAUUGUUUCGGAGAAAAUGAAAGGGAACAACUUUGUAGAUAAAUGCAGGAUCACCGAAGAAAGACCCCAGGAGUUAACUUUCUACUGGGAUUGGAGAGAAAGAUGUUGA